AUGAACCAUUCUUCUGAACCUGGCUCUACAGACGAAGGGUAUCUUUCUUCUAGACAACAAUAUUAUUCUUGGGAUGACCUAGACUUAAGCAUCUAUCCAGAAUCUCUUCAGCCAAACCAGUAUCCUAUAAACCAAGAUUUUGCUAUUCCUCACCCUAUCACCAACCAAGAACUCCUCCAAUCUUCAACUCAGGACCAAUCCCAGCCAACCUACCAAUAUCCCCCCGAGUCUCAGUGGGGAAAUGCCCAUAUGAUAACAAAGCGAACAAAUAAUGUAGAGACUAUGGUCAGCCAAUUUCCAUUCUAUUCAUCGGCCCAACUGGCUGCUGAUGUACAAAUGCAAGACACAAACCCAAGAAGUUAUGAACUUGAGAUUGUAGAGCAGCCUCAGCAGUGUAGAAUGUGCGGAUUUGGAGAAAAAGACAGACGACCGAUCGAUCCCGCGCCUGUGAUUCGUCUCAUAGUACGCAACCAAGCAGGUUUUCUCGAUCAGGACUGUGUAGAAAUGCCAUUUUUCGUUGUUCACGCCUCUCUCUGGUCGGUUGAUAUGCAGCACCAAAUCGAUGUCUUAAAAGGCCCUGCAUCGGUCGCGUUUCGCAUCUUACUCGGAUCUACCGUCAGUUCACCUCUUCCGCUCAAAGGUCUUGACAAUAAGACCGGAACUUACUUUUCUUUUCCCGAGCUGAGUGUGCGAAUGCCGGGCCAGUACCGCUUAAAAUUUACGUUGAUUCAUUUGACAAGGAGUGCUUCCACAACCUGCGUAUUCACAGAACCAUUUGUGGUGUACACAGCAAAAACUUUUCCGGGGAUGAAAGAAUCUAGCAAUCUCGCAAAACACCUCGCCCGUCAGGGACUCAAGUUACCUGUUCGUAAUCUAGCACGAGGAAACAAUAAACGCGACAGUGAAGAUAAAGAGAAUAUAGAGAGUUGA